AUGUGGACAAACAACAAUGCGCUAUCCUGCAGUGAUGACAAUGAUAAAUGCACGAGAAAUGAUAAAUGCGUGGACGGCAUAUGCAAAGGAAAACCGUUCACGUGCCUUGAGUGCCAGUUUUGUAAUGGAGAUGGAUGUACGAUCAGACCUGAUUUCUGCCUGAUCGAUAGAAAAUGUUACAAACGUGGGAAUUUGAGACCUGGGAAACCUUGUCAGGUGUGUUUACAAUUUAUAAUGUACCCUUAUUAUAAAGUAUAGGAUUCUUUUAUAGUGCUCUUUUCUAGUAAAAGUGAUACCUGUAUAGAGCCCCUCCAACUUUGCAUUGCUUUUUUUGCACCUGACCUCUCGCGCGGUACAGGUUCCCAAUAUACCUUGUGGAUUCGUAUAUUCAGGUAAUCAGAUCUUUAAUAACGUUUAAUGCAAUUGUUCUUAGGAAUGCAACAGCAACAGGCCCACAACGUGGACACCAAAUAAUAACCUUGUGUGCAGCGACAAUAAUGUAAAGACCAGAAAUGACCAUUGUGCAAAUGGAGAAUGUCAAGGACAGCCAUUCACGUGUUUAUCAUGCCAGAAGCAUCAUAACGACGCAUGCCGAAUAGAAUCUGGCUAUUGCAUCAUCAUCAACUCUAAAAAUGUUGACAGAUGUAUUCCUGGUAAUACGGAAAAACCAAACAAUUCAUGUCAGGUAGAGUAAAAAAUGUUCCAAAGUUGAACUGUUAAAUUAAAAUUUGAAAGCGUCGACCAAUCAGCAGAGCCUCACAAGAGAAAUUCGGAGCCCCAUCCCCCCCCCCCCACUACCUCCUCCGGGAUGCCCUGUCAAUCAUUUUUGUUCAUUUGUCCUUAGGAAACUAAAUAAAAUUGAACAAUACACAAAGAGAACACGUGGUUUCGCUAUUCUUAUUCAGGUGAAUUAACCUAACUUCCCCCACUACGUGGCCUUCAUCAGAGGUGAACUGAUGGCAGAAUAAAGAGGGGUACAAUGACAUUUUCAAAAUCAGACACAUAAACCCCUCACUUAUCAAAACUCUUUCCAGCAACAAAAUUGUAGACCGCGAGCAGUCCCUCGGGAGAAAGGAGGGACUGCCGACAACACAUCAAGAAACGAAAUACGCCCACUUUUCGCUCUUGUCAAGUUGGCUCCGCCUUUGCAUAAACAUAUAUCCAAUGAAAUCUAUCCGAUAGGAACCGUUAAUGUCAUGUUUAUUUAUACAAUCAACAUCCAGUCUGGAAAUUAUUUAUAACAUAAUUACUAUGCAUCAGAUUGGAUUGACAGGCGUAUCGAUUUCGACCAAUGGGAAUUUUGCGUUGUGUGGCUACCUCCUCCGCAGGGAAACGAACGGAAAGGUCUGCGGACUAAUUUUCCAAGAUGGCGGAAGCCACAAGCCAAACUAUAUUUAUAUAUAUAAUUUAUAUAUUACCAUUAUAUUAUUAUUAAAGUCUUUAACUAUUUCUGAUAUAGACCGCUUUUUGUAUCCGAAUAUACAUAAAAACCGUGAAUACUGAACAAACAAGCAUACAUUGAUUUAUAAAGAGAAGCAGAUAAAUAUCAGUUAACUUGCAAAUUAAAUUCUAAAACAGACGAACACGCUUUUAAUAUAGCACGUCGUAUGUUCGGCAUGCAGUUUAUCCACGAAAUUUAUUCCAUUUAUAUUUGUCUUUCAUACAUUGUAACUAUUUAUAUGCGUGUGUAUAUAGUCAAAACAUCCCAUUUGGCCAAAUGAUAGAUUCACGACGUCUAUAUCACUGUCGCUUGUGCUUGUAAAACUCUCCAUUAUUUGAAUCUCCUCGUCGCUUUUAUCCGCCAUAACUGCCAAGAUGUAUUUAGAAAAUACUCGCAAAGGGCAUACUCAUUAUGGGCUGUAUGACCUGCAGAGGAGGUACUUUGUAUGGGCAACGCGUAUUUCGUUUCUUGAUGUCGCUCCUUUCCUUUCGCAUGCCCGGAAAUCUAAACUCGCGAAAAGCACAUGUUGAAAUAUUAGCGAACGAUCCUUACUGUCGAUGCCAAUAUAAAUGUCCAUAACUAUUGAUCGCUCACGUUUUAACUUCCCAGCAAAAGCUUUAUUUUUAAAACUCUUUCAGUGGUGCCUUCCUGCAACAACUACUUCAACUUGGACGGACAAGCAUGACGUUCCUUGCGACGACGGAAACAGUUGCACAAAGUCAGACACAUGUAAACAUGGCCAAUGUGACGGGAUAAGUUUUACAUGCAAUAAUGAUUGUCAAUCUUGCAAUGGCAUUGACUGUGGUUUACACAUUGGGUAUGGAUAUGUAGCGGACACCUGUACUUGCAAAAUAGCAGGUACAUCGAUUUAAAACUUAAAUAGUUUUGCUAAUUUUCCAAGCUAGUUUAGAACUUACCACAGUUAUAACCAUGCAACAAGAAGUUGCCCAAAAUUAUGUACCUGCAUAUAUGUUUUCGAUGUACAAAAUUCUUAAAGUACCAAAAUACCACUUAUUUCUUCAGGAAGAGACUACAAACAUCAACAGCUGAACCCAAGUAAUGGAUGUCAAUGGUGCGACAUAUAUGACAAAACAUCCAAACAAAUUCUCGCAUGGUCUCACCGACCGUCAGUUGCUUGCAAUGAUAACAACGCCUGUACAAAGCAAGAUCUCUGUCAAAAUGGCUACUGUGUGGGUACCGAAUACAGCUGUCAAGCAUCCUAUCCGCAGUCCAGUUGUAUACAGACUUCUCAAUGUGUUGGUAAUGGAACAUGUAGGUAUAUCAUGAAGAACAACGGAACAAUAUGUCGUGCAGCUAUUGACGAGUGUGAUCAAUCAGAAAGGUAAGAAAGUAGUAUACACUGUGUAAUAUUAGAAUUCUUAUGCAUGCAAGUGAACCUCUCCUUGCAGAAUGCAGACUCCUCCCAUUAGAGGACACCAUUCUUGGAUCCCGGCCAAAGGUCUAUUAUAUCACUAUAUUUACAACCUCACGCGGACACCAAAUAGCAUUUUAACCUCGUAUAAGCGAACAGUUUGCAUUUUAUUCCCGUUGAAAUAGUGUUUAUUAGAUGCUGUGUUGAUAUACUUUGGGUGGAUUAAGACAAAAACAUCUGUUUAGUAAAGGUUAUAAUUACUAAUGUAAUGAAGGAAGACAAAAAUGCAUCGUUCCUUUGGUGAUAAAUAUUCCUCCCAAUAUUAGGAUAUAUUAUUACACUGAUCAAUUAUGUACUGUUUAAUAAACGAGCAGGAGUAUUUUAUUAUGUUUAAAGACACGAGCGCGCAGCGCGAGUGGCUUUAGACAUAAUAAAACACGACCUGCGAGUUUAUUAAACGGCUUCAAACACGACUACAAAUUCAAUAGAUAUACUGCCUAUUAGUAUUCUUUAUAUAAAGAAUACUAAUGAGGACACGACUACAAUAGAUACUGCCUUAUUAGUAUUCUUUAUAUAAAGAAUACUAAUUAGGAGUGUUUUAUCAGGUUUAAAGCCACUGCACGUGACAUAUUAUGAUUGACAUGAUUUGCCAAUAAGCUUACGAAUUAUUAAUGAGUGUUUGAAACAUUAUUAAAAAACUCAUUAAUAAUUCAGGAGCAAAACACAAAAAAAAUCAUAAGCGUGUCGUGGUUAUAUAUGUGAUAUAAAACCAUGUUAAUUUACAUAAACUUUAGCUUUGAUUUUCUCGGUUUAGACAAAGUUUAUUUUAAAAAUUACUUCGCCAAUGAACUCGUAUAAGCUGAGUCGUUUUUUAAGCCAUUUAAAGCACGCGUAGUCGUGUUUUAUCACAUAUAAAACACUCCGCUACGCGUCGUGUUUUAUAUAUGAUAAAACACUCCUACGCGUGCUUUAAAUAGUACAUGAACCCAUCGUAAGAGGCACAUCCCGUAAGCAAGUACCAUGACUCGAUCGACUGUAGAUUUGGUGAGUAGUGAACAGCAACGGACGGACCAGUAGUUUGUUGAUAUAGAAAUAAGUGAGAAUGGGUAAGUAAGGUAAGUGAAGUUAGGCAGAUUGGUAUGUGUAUUGUAGUACGUAGAUAAUGUUAGGAAUUUAGAUGGAUGUGUUAGGGAAAAGCUCAUAGUUCGUCACGCAAUUGCACACAUUCCGCAUUUUCGUAGAUGCAACGGUGUAAUUGGAACAUGCCCGCCAACAGCUAUCAAUCCAAUAUACUUUCAAGAAGGUCAAGCAAAGAUAACACUUCCGAACUUCGCGACAACUGUCACAUUCCAGUCAAGCACAGACAAAUUACAUCUCCAACUCAGCGGCUUUGUUGUCACUUGUGGUUCACUCACUGUCAGAUGGUCUUUAAUAAAAGCUGAAAACAGUUGCAACCUUGGUAGAAAUAAUGCAACACUUUCUUCCAAUACAAAUAAUCAUAUUCUCGCCGGUCUUAAUUUGCAGAACACAGACACAUAUAAAGUCGUUGUUCAGGCAAGCAAUAUUCGCGAACAAUUUGGGUUACCAGUGUGCAGUAAUCCGGUUACCAUAGAUACUAGCACGCCAACAGGUGGUUGGGUGUAUGACGGUUCAGGCUCUACUGAUCUUCAAUAUCAAUCAAGUAAGUCGUUCACCCCGUCAUGGGGAGGGUUUCAAUCAACCUACGGCAUUGGAAAGUACGAAGUCGCUAUGCACUACCAACCGCAGUCUUCCAGCGACCAAAUUGAAGUACAGGGCUUUGUAAACGUAAACUUAAACGUCUCGUUCAGUAAAACAAUUGCGGCAAUCCCAGAUGGCAGCAAACUCACAACAAAAGUACGAGCAUACACAAAAGCAGGAUUAUAUACAGAAAUCGUCAGCAAUGGUGUAACUGUGGACACAUCACAACCUUUACCUGGAUCAGCCUCCGACGGCUCCAACCUUUUGUCAGAUCUGCAAUAUGCUGAUUGGACUUCCAGUUAUACUGUGAGUUGGGAACCGUUCACAGAACCUCAUACGCCUAUUGUGAACUACAACGUCGGUGUUAAGCGAAAGAAUGGCGGCUUUGUUUCAGCAGGGUUAACAGCGGUCGGUAUAACAUACCAAUAUGUAGUUACAAGCUUAACUCUUGCCUCGGAAGAAGAAUAUUGUGCGAUCGUUGAAGGCGAAAACGCUGCUGGACUAAAAGCUCAAGUUUAUUCAAAUUGUUUGCUCAUUGAUCACGAAGCUCCACGACAUGGAACUAUUAAUGACGGAUUGUCUGAUGAUAUUGACUAUCAGUCAGGAGAUACGGUAUUCCACGCCAACUGGAACGGAUUCGACGACGGUACUCGUGGCAGCGGACUCGCAGACUACAAGUACAUACUAACAAAUCAAAAUGAUGUCAAUGUCACCUCAUGGACCGCUGUAGGCUUACAAACAAAUGUUACAAUCUCAGGAAUAAGUCUCGUAGAUGGUAAUACGUAUUACAUGACAGUUCGAGCAAUCGAUAGAGUGGGAAAUUACAAAGAAAUCAAAUCAGACGGAGUGCACAUUGACACAACCCAUCCAGUUUAUACUGGCAAAAUAAUCGUUGAAGGUGAAAUGGCACAAAAAGACAACGAGUCAGUUGUUUAUAUUCAAAAUAUAGAAGAUUCCGUAACCGCGUCUUGGCCUCAAUUUGUUGACGAACACAGUGGAAUGAAGAAAUACCAAUGGAGUAUUGUCGAAGAUCAGGCACAACCAACAGAAUGGAAAAACGUGCCAGGAAUAAACCUUGCGACAAGAGCAGUGUUUCGGUAAGCGUAAAGGCAAUAUUGCAUGUGGCCAUUUUUAUCGACGAUUCGUAUAGCUUUAAGGCCAUUUUCCACUUCAAGCGUACCGAAAUGUAGUUUAGUGAAUGUUGUUUGGUUAAUGCUUCCGUAGUACGCGAAUUGAGUUGCAAAGGACGUUUCAUUUUGAUACGUAAUACACACGGAAGUACGUGGAUUUAUCAAUCAACCUGCUUUCAACCUGGGCAUACUCAUCAGUACGUUUCGGUACGGUAUCCUUGAAGUGGAAAACGGUUUGCAUCGUUUUGCAUUGCAUAUCGUUGCAUUGAUUUUAGCCUCCUGCGCAGACGUUGUUAGUGGCGGCGGCCCCACCUAACUAAAAACGUCUGAGCAGGAGGCUACAUCGAGGUACGAUUGGGCAGAAAGGCAUAAGCAAUAGGGAUUCAUCAUAUUGUCACUUCCCUAAGGUAAUAAUAAUUAUUACAAUGCCUUUUUAGAUCUCUCUCAUUAGCCAAUAACACUGGAUAUCGACUAACAAUUCGCGGUAUUAACAACGCAGGUCUGCACACAGAUAUCACAUCACCUAUAAUAAUCCCCAUCGGAGCAGCACCUAGACUUGGGACAGUCUCUGACGGCCACGAUCCAACGAUAGACAUCGAAUACCUAACCAAUUCGUCCGAAGUUCAUGCAACUUGGCAAGGUUUUGAAACAACAGAUGUAAAAAUACGAGCUUAUUUCUUUGCAAUCGGUAGCUGCACGAGAGGUAAUUACCACGUGACUAACAACCAGUUCAUGCCAGUUACGCCGCCAACAGCAACGUCGUUCGGAAUUGAAGGCCUGCAUCUCGUGAACGGUCUGCGAUACUGUAUCAAAAUCAAGGCAGAAAAUUUGGCAGGAGUUGAGAGUGGCGUAGUCUCCUCGGAUGGGUUUAUGGUGGAUGUCUCCCCUCCUGAUCUGAGGCAUGCGAUGGUGUUGGACGGGCAAGGACAAGACGAUAUAGAUCACCAAUCAGGUAACGUGGAGUUAUCCGCGACCUGGACCGGAAUUCAUGACAAUGAAUCUGGCAUACAACACUUUGAGGUCGCUGUCAGUCGAAACAGAGCAGGCGAACCGGAUGUAACGUCAUUCAUAGACGUUAGUCAAAAUACGUACUCUACAAUAACUGGACUGAGUCUUAACAACGAAGUGUAUUACAUCAUACUAUGUGCUACAAAUAACGCAGGAUUAAAGUCGUGUUUGGCUUCAGAUGGCGUUCUUGUCGAUCCGACUUCUCCAACAUCAGGCAUCGUACACGACGGGAUACUUGAACCAGAUCUACGCUAUCAGGCAAAUACAAAUAAGCUAAGUGCAAACUGGGAACGAAUUUGGGACUUGGAAAGCAGAGUGGAGAGAUUUGAGUGGGGGAUUGGGGAAGAAGGAGAAGAUCUUGUUCAAGAAUUUGUUGAAGUUGGACUUCAGACUCACGUAACAUCGAAGAACGCUCUAGAUCUAAAACAUGGCCACAACUAUACUAUAUUCCUGCGAGUGUAUAACAGAGCUGGCGUAUUAAAUGAACUAUCAUCUAAUGGUGUUAUUAUUGAUACAACACCGCCAGUUCCAAGUGAAAUUAUACCAAGGCUAUCUCCAUUGGAAUGGCGUUUUUCCAAAGAAACUGAAACAUACUACUCAUCUAGUGCGUCAGAUAUUUACGUUACAUGGGAAGACUUUGAUGAACUGGAAAGUGGAAUGUGGUACUACAAGUGGGCAAUAGGAACUUCGAAAUACGGCACCCAACUUCAACCAUUGAUAAAUAUCGGUUUAGUCACAAAUGCCAAUACCUCCGGAAAUGGACUGAAUAUCCGACCGGGGAUUCGUUAUUUUGUCACUGUGGUUGGAAGAAAUCGAGCUGACCUCGUUUCAGGUAACUGCUCAUGGCCUUUCCUGGUUGAUUACAGCGCGCCACGUACAGGAAAUAUCCAGAUAAAAUCACCUUCUGGAAUCAAAAAGGAUUAUUUCAGGUCAGACGAAAAUAUGCGCGUUAGUUGGUCAGGAUUCAAAGAUCCGGAAAGCGGAAUCGAAAAGUACGACAUUUCAGUGAUACGUGAAAACAGAGAGAAUUUAAACUACACUCGGAUCUCUGAUGCGGAGCUGGAAAUACUGAUAGAUACAACUCUUCUGUCUCCGGGAAAUGCUUAUAGAAUUGUUGUGAAAUCCAUCAAUUACGCAGGCCUCGAGUCAUUUGUCAUUUCAACACCGUUUACGAUCGACAAUACACCACCUGCCUACACCGGAAAUAGAAACGACCUACCAAAGAGCUAUUUUCUGCCGGAUUCACAUUUAUUAGAAGUUGUUUGGGAAGCCUUCGAAGAUCACGAAAGUCCCAUCGACUUUUAUGAAAUUGGCAUCGGAAGACACUUAUCCAGUGACGAUAUAUACAAGUUUACUAAAACUGGUUUAUGUACACAUUUCACUUUUCGUGGUUUGGACAUUACAGACAAUCAGCCGUAUUAUGUAACCGUCAACGCUCACAACAUGGCCGGCCUCGUGACUUCGCUGUCGUUAGAGGAAAUCACGUUUGAUCAAAGUCUGCCAACUGGAAAUAAUGGAAGUGUUAAAGAUGGUUUAUUACACGAAGAUAUUGACUAUAUGUCGUUAGAAAACACAGUGUCUGCUACUUUGGAAAAUAUCGAGGACUUGGAAAGUGGAAUAAACAAAAUAGAGUACUGUGUUGGCAGUACUCCAUUUAACUGCUUCAUAAAACCUUUCACUUCAAUCCAUCCAAAUAAAUCGUUCGUUUGUACGGAUUGCAAAAUUGAUCCUGGGAUGACAGCUUUUGCCACAUUUCGUGUAACAAACGGGGCAGGUUUGUCUGCCAUAUUUGUCUCGGAUGGUGUCACAGUUGAUUCCACUGCUCCUGAAAUACAUAUCGUUUAUGAUGGUAGAAAGGCGGAAUAUCCUGAUGUGGAAAAGACGUAUAGUAAUUGGACGCCAACUGUCACGUGGUACGGAGCACGGGACGUUCAAAGUGGCUUACGUAAUUGUCAGUGGAUGAUCGUAAAGAAAGAUGGAAACACAACUGUCUAUGUGAAGACGCUUCGUGAAGCUAACAUAACUUACAACAUACGUCAUACAGAAAGAGCUGCUGACCCGCUUAUACUUACUGCAAACUCUUCAUAUUUUAACAUCAUCCAAUGUUGGAACUAUGCAGGAAUUACUAGUUACCAGUAUUCGAACGGUUGGGCUGUGGUUGAACAAUGGCCCAUUCCGUCAUACGUCAUAGAUGGCCCGGGACCACAUGACAUGAAAUAUAACGUAAAUGGUGAAACACUUCACGCAUCGUGGGGCGCAUUCCACGCUGAUUCAAAGGAUCCCGUAGUAAAGUACGAGUGGGCUGUUGGUACGUUUGGGCAAGUUGACGACAUUCUGGAAUUUACAGAUGUAGGACUUGAUACAAAAGUUUCAUUGUCGUUGUCAGAAAGCGAUAUAAUAGUAAAGGCGGGGGUUGAAUAUUACAUAACUGUGCGCGGAACUACUUUGAGCGGCUGGAACAGCAACAAAAAAUCAGAUGGCUUUAUUGUGGAUACAACUUCGCCGACUGCUGGUAUUGUGAAGGUGUCUCACCAUAUUUUAAACCAGAACGCCAAUGAAGUUGAUUAUACAUUAACAUGGGAAGGUUUUGCUGACUCCGAGACAGGAAUUGACAAUUAUGCAUAUUGUUUAGGUUAUAUUAAGGAUGUUUGCUCAACGACUGUCUUCAAUGCAGGGCUGGGUUUUCAAGGCACAGUGCAAGAUUUUCUUCCUGAAGCCCAAGAUGAUUCAUUCCACGGUAUUGUCGUUGUUACAAACAGAGCAGGUCUGAAAACCAUCGUUAGUUCAAAUGCUGUUAAAAUUGACUUCACCCCUCCCACGACUGGAACUCUACUUGAUGGAAUUGAUAUUGAUUUGGACUACAUCAACUCUAGCGUUACCUUAGCAACGACAUGGUCGGCGUUCACAGACCCCGACACUGGAAUUAAGAAAUGCACCUUAACUGUCAGUGAAGAAAACCCGUUUAAGAACGAGUCUAUAACGAUGAAAGUAAGGAUCGACGUUAAUACGACUGGCUCCAUAAUUCACGAUUUCCUGUUGAUAUCAGGCCUUCAGUACGUUUCUACUGUAACAUGUGAGAAUUUCGACGGAUUUAAAUCUUCAAAGUCUUCUAACGGUGUCAUUGUUGACGACUCCCCUCCUAUCGCGGGCACAAUACUUGACAAAAAUGCCCAACUCUUUGAUAACCAAUAUCAGGCAUCCACUAGUGAGCUUCACGUCCGUUGGACCGAUGGACACGAUCUUGAAAGUGGCAUCAUGGAGUAUCUAAUUGCCGUAGGAUCUGGAUCAAAUGAGGACGACAUGCGCGAAUUCUUUUCAGUUGGAUUAGCAAGAGAGAUACAUGUUAAGAACCUUACUCUGAGUUCUGGUUCAACUUAUUACAUCACUUUGCAAAUUGUGAAUAAAGCUGGUAUGACGUCACGUGUUUCUUCAAGUGGUAUAACAGUUGAUACGACACCACCAGAAAUACAAGAGGUAUGUAUAACAGCAAAACAUAUUAAUCUCAAACAUUGAAAAUUCAUGAGUAAAUUAGCCAACCAUAUUGUAUUAUUUUGCUCACAUGAUAAUAUUGGAUACCUGGUAAAGUAUAUUGAUCCAAUCCUAGGACUGGAUCAAUACACUUCACCAUGUAUCCAGCAUUAUCAUGUGAGCAAAAUAAAGCAAUAUGAUUGGCUAAUUUACUCAUGAAUUAUUAAUGGUUGAGAUGUAAUAUUUCAAAUCCGAUCAUGAGGACUGAACAAGGUUUCAAGGUUUCAUCCUCGCAUUUUGGAUGCUGUCCUCGGCGUCGAUCAAAUUGCGCGGACUUAAAAAAACCUAGUCCAGUCCUUGUAGUCGGAUCUGAAAUAUUACAUAAUAUAAUAUAGACAGCACUUCAGGUACUGAUAUUGUAAUGUAUUGGGUUAAAAAUCAGGCCGCCAAUAGAUGACAAUGCGUGAUUUUUUCAAUGUAUUUCCAAUAAUUUUCAGAUAAAACUUCAACGGUCUGGAACCGGGCAUAUAGGUCCUAAAGAUAAUCUAGGUGGAAGCUGGAAAACAUUCGACGACGAAAGCUAUAUCGACUUUGUUGAAUAUUGUUUUGGUACAACUGAUGGAGGGUGCAAUGUACAAGAUAUGUAUCGGGCACUGGACAAAGAAACGAACGUAACGUGCCUUGAUUGCAAACUGAAACACAACUACACUUAUUUCAUGACUGUUCGAGUCUGGAAUAAAGCGGGCUUGUUCAACCUGGCUACAUCAGCAGGAGUGACAGUUGAUUUGACGGCACCAAUUGGAGGCAAAGUAUCAUUAAAUAAAACCUAUAUGUUUUGUAUUGGUCGUUGUGGUCUGACCGCAGAAUUUGGUGGAUUUAAAGAUGAAGAAAGUGGUAUGGGAAGUUGUGAAUUUAGCAUCAAAACCGUGAAUGAAGUAACCGUUAUGCCUGUUCAACCUACGACAAAUGAAAACCAACUAGAAUCCAAUGAUUUAAUAUUCCAACAUGGUGAAAGUUACAAAAUAGCUGUGGCGUGUUAUAAUACUGUGGGAGAGCGAAGCGUGGACGUUUUCUCGCCACCAAUACGAAUUGAUAAUGUACCGCCAGAAAAGGUAAGACGUGACCGCAAUGAUACAUACCGAAUGACUAAAAACACAUCUUUUUCUACGUCCUGUGGCAAGUAAAAAUGGUUUGCAUGUUUGAAAGCAUGCAGCAAACGGCAUAGUCGGAUAUUCUUGGCAAAUUUUCAAUUCUUUUCGCCGCUCCAUAUUUCCUUUAAGGAAAAUUACAACAAAAAUUAUGUUUGCCUAUAAUUUGAAAGAGUGUUAAGACUAUUCACAAAGCUUUUUUACAAAUAUUCCCAAACUAUCUUAAUUUUUGAGAUAUUUGGAACCAAAACAUCCUGCCAUCCGUCAAUUUGUGUUUUUUAUUAGAUCUAAUUAAAUGACGUCACAACCAGGAGUAAAAAUUAGGAUUUAACAUUAAAGUAACCUGAGAAUUGACCAAGAUAUGAAAUAAUUUUACCCCGGUUGUGACGUCACGGAUAUGCGACGGUGGAUAUACAUAUCCAAGAUGGCGGGCUUCAUAACGAUUUUGUUUGAAAUGAAAAGUUAUAUAUUUUAUACCAAGAACGAUAAAGAAAAUCUGUUAUAAGGUUUUGAAAUAUACUAAACUGAAUCUCCCUUCCAAGUGUGAGAAAUUUUGACAACAAUUUUAAUAAAAAUGAAACCAUAAUACAAGGAAAUGUAAUAAUUUCUUCACAUUCUUUACACAGGUUCGAAUGCUGCCGCUUUUUAAAAUUACAUCAAAUAAUAUUAUUCAUUUUAGGGUUUUGUGAUCAUAAGUCCUGAUCGAAAUCAUGAUGUUCGGCGUCAGCAUGUUGGCUGUCACUUUUUGAAUACGACAUUACGGGUUUACUGGUCUGGAUUUCAAGACAAAGAGUCAAAUAUCGCCGGAUAUCGCGUCGCCAUUAGACGAAGACCACUUGGAUAUGAUAUCAUUUCCUUUACCCAUGUCGGUAUAGUCGCAGAUGCAAAGUUUGAUCUUGGCGAAAAAUAUGGUCUGUCUCUGGGAGAAACGAUCUUUGCAACAGUACAAGCAACCAAUAAAGCUGGUCUUUCAAUUGAAGUUUCAUCGCUUCCUACUCGUCUAAUAUCUAAUACAGACAGUAACCUUGUUAAUGAGCAGGAUUUCUUAUGUGUUAAUGUUUAAAUAUGUUGAACCAGUAAUCUGAAAUAAAAACUGGAUCGGGUGACUAUCUACUGUGUAUAAAAUGAAGCCAUGGACAAGAGGCUUUAAAGGACAAACUCGUGAUAAAACUGCUAAUGUACAGUACUAUGACAGAAAUGAAUAUUGCUUGAGACAGUUUUGUGUGCCAAAAUAAUAGUGCGUUAAGAGAAUUUUUCCCGGAACAUGGUGCCAAGCACGGGAGGACACCUCCCCCACUCUAUUAUAAACUAGUGUCGAGUACGUGCAUGUGCUCCACUCUCCCACUUUUUAAAUUGGAUUUUCGCUCUUGUUUGGUAUCUUAUCGUAAUGUUGGAUUCCCAUUGUCUAACAAUGUUCAACUGGCUUCAUUUUUUGCACAAGCCAACACCAGUUUGCAUUUCGGAUCACUAAUGGUAAACACCGAACGUUUCAACACACUUUCAAUAUAUUAAAACUAUAUUAACAUGCAUACUGAUUUACUGUGUCUACUGUAUAAGCCAGGUUUCUGGUAAUCAUAUAAGCUAGUAGCUCGUUUAAUGGUUCAAUGAAGAGCGUAGCAAAUUUCAGCGUGAUAUAAUGCUAUAUAUAGCUUAUUUUUUUCUAAUGUGUAAUUAAAUAAUUAUAUAACAAGUAAGAUUAAAGACAGUAAACGAAUUCGAGUCAUUUGGGUUCCAAUUUGGUGCAGCUGUCGCAAAUUUCAGCAUGGGCUGGAAAUAUGUAUUCCGGCUAAUUUAGUCGAUGUAACCAUACAGUAGAUUCAACAGACAAUGCACUAACUAUAUAUCAUACCAUUUACACGAAUGAAGAUAAUAAAAAAUUGAUAUACUACACAAUAUACC